AUGUGUCCGGUGUGUGGCAGAGCCCUCAGCUCCCCAGGGUCCCUGGGGCGACACCUCCUGAUCCACUCAGAGGACCAACUGUCAAACUGUGCAGUGUGUGGGGCACGCUUCACCAGCCAUGCCACAUUCAACAGUGAGAAACUGCCAGAAGUGCUAGCAGAUUCCUUGCCCACCCCGCACAGCGAGGGCCCUUCCGGUGCUGAGGAGAAGGACGUUGCCUUUAACGCUCCUGUGUAUCCUGCGGGCAUCCUCUUAGUGUGCAACAACUGUGCUGCCUAUCGCAAGCUGCUGGAGGCACAGGCUCCUGGCGUGCGCAAGUGGGCGCUUCGCCGGCAGAACGAGCCACUGGAAGUGCGGCUUCAGCGCCUGGAGCGGGAGCGCACGGCCAAGAAGAGCCGGCGGGACAACGAGACGCCAGAGGAGCGGGAGGUGAGGCGCAUGCGGGACCGAGAGGCUAAACGCCUGCAGCGCAUGCAAGAGACAGAUGAACAGCGGGCGAGGCGGCUGCAGAGGGACCGGGAGGCCAUGAGACUGAAACGUGCUAAUGAGACCCCGGAGAAGCGGCAGGCUCGGCUCAUCCGGGAGCGCGAGGCCAAGAGGCUCAAGCGGCGCCUGGAGAAAAUGGACAUGAUGCUUCGGGCCCAGUUUGGCCAGGACCCCUCUGCCAUGGCUGCUUUGGCAGCCGAGAUGAACUUCUUCCAGCUGCCAGUGAGCAAUGUGGAGCUGGAAAGCCAACUGCUGGGCAAGAUGGCCUUCGAGGAGCAGAGCAACAGCACGCUGCAUUGAGCUGUAGCCCAACCACCGCUGCGGCUCCACGUGGCCCACAGGAUGCCAGCAGCGUGGCCUCUGCCGCUGGCACCUGACUGACCCUCCCCGCCCCCACUCCUCCCACAACAGGCAGAUCUGGGCUGCUGCUGCACAUGGGAAUGGAGCUGGGAGGCGUCUGCUCAGGCAGCACUGGUGAGAGUGGGCUGUCGGGAUACAGUCUGCUCCAGUGGCCGAGCCACAGCCGAUGAACAGAGGGAAAAUAAAUUAAUUUUAUGUGU